CGUCGCAUCACCGAGGCGCAGUUAUUCCUCACGCAUUCGUGUGCCAACUCACAUGCUCACCAACAAACGGUCGAAGUUCGUGUGUCCCAAGUGGUCAAUUGAAAGUGCCACCUCGGAAUGUUUUAGGACUCUCACCAGCCAGGGCUCCAAUCAACCCCGGGAAAAGGCUCGAGAACACCUGCCCGCGUCUGUCUUUUUUUCAUAAAUUCGAAGAGAAACUUUCUCUUACUCGGAGCAAGUGGCAGGUUACCUCAUAUCAGUUUGCAGAGAGCCUUUGUCCAGCUCCUGACCGUUGCUGGUGGACACGCGCGUCCUGAGAGUUCUGGCGUCGUCGUUUUUGUGCUAAAUGGAAAAAAGGCCACACAGCUUUGCUCUUCCACGUCCACGACGCCAUCGGAAAAGCCACCAAAAGAUGGCUACCUCGCGUUGAAGGUGAAAAUAUCGCUCGAUCAUGGUUCAAACAGUGAUUUUUCACUUUUAAGUGAUUAUUUUUUGAUGUUUUGGUUCCGCCAGAAGAGAAAAAGUCAAAAAUUCAGUGCUCAAAAUUCGUUUUAGUGUUGAAAAGGUCGUUAGAAAAUUGAAAAAAAAAUCAAUCGUGGACCAACGUGGGAUCUGGUCUAAUUUCAUGAAUAACUAAUUCAUGGAAUGCAUCAUUAAUAUUAUCCUGUCAUAGCUGAUAGAAAUUUUUCAAACAGUGCUCAAAAUCAUAUGAGGCGAAAAUCGAUUUUGCUCACAUUAGAAGUGAUAAAAGAAUUACUUUAAAAAAGUGUGUGUAAUUAUUUAACUGAAAAAAAAUCAAGGAUUACAAAUCAACGACCCACAGCAAACAAGGAACCCGAAUCCCGGAAAAACGUCCUAAAUUUGGAUACGCCAUUUCCCGACCCUUCGCUUCAAGUGCACUUGUUUCAACCACCUUAAUCCCAAGCGUACGGGAUCUAAGUUGAGGCUUUUCCGAAAUGACGCAACUAGAGGAUGAUAUCUUGCUGAACAAUCUGCUCAAAUUUCCCGGAACCAUCAUCAUCUACAACAAUGACCUGAAUACAUACAAUUACGUUUUGAACGGACACAAUUCGAUCCCGGUGGCCACCAGUGCCAGCACGACCUUACCGGAAGGUGCCAUCGACCUGAACGGGGCGGUAUCCAUCAAUGUGGAAACUAUUCCGUCCAUCGAGGAGGAGCCCCUGGAGUCAUCUACCCCGAUCAGUCACAAUGAGGAAGACAUUUCCGCCAGCGAGGGCAGUAGUAUUGCCAACGAAUCCGUGGCCAACACCAGCGGCAUUAGCGGCACCCUAGAGGACUGCGAUCCGGAGGAUGGAAUGGAAGCCGAGGAUGAUUCCGAAUCGGAACUAACCAAUCUAUCGUGGCUUACCGAGCUCAAAAACAUAACCAACCUGACGCCCUCGGAUGUUCCCCUGACAGAUUUGCCCACGGCUCGGUUUAAUAAAUUCAUCGCCCAAGUGCGAAGAAGCCGUGAAUCGUAUGACAAACGCAAAGACCAGUACACAUCACUUGCAAAUGCAGCAGAAAAGCCCCCCUUCAAUUAUGCCCAGAUUAUCGCAAUGGCCAUGCUAGACGAAGGGCGGAUGACGCUGAAGCAAAUCUGUAAAUGGAUACAGGAAAAGUUCGCCUAUUAUAAAGUGCACAAGAACUGGAAUAACUCCAUACGGCACAACCUUUCUCUGAGCUUCUACUUCACAAAAGUUUCUCGGGCCAAAGAUGAAAAGGGCAAGGGCGGUUACUGGGAACUUUCGAUGGAUGUUUCCAAAAGUGAACGCAAGCGUAUUCGAAUCCGGCAACGAAAAAGAAACGGUACGACGGCUCCUUCAAUCCGCAGCCGGAACCGACAAAGCGCCAGUGCCACCAGUCAAUCUUUUGCGUCCGAAUCUAAAGUUGCCACAGAACAGGAGGAAACCGAGAAGGUUGUCGAUGGAAACAACAAUGACAACAACGACAACACUCAAAUUGAAGACCAUGAUCCGUUCAUGUCAGAGGAACAAACAGCUGACGACGAACAAGAGGAACAGAACAUAAUAAUUGAGGGAUCCGAGUCUGCCAACAUCUGCUUGAACGACACCCAUGCGGAUAGUCAAGUGUUACCAACAAACAAACGCCAGCCCACGAUCGAGAUCAUCGAUAACCAACUGAUCAAGAGUGCUGUUCUGGUAGAUAACUGUUCGAUCAACUUCGAUUCGAUCAUCAGCGCUGAAAACGGGGACAACAUUUUCACCAAUUUGACAGUCGAUGAGAUAUUCUCGGGCAAUGAAAUUCCACAACCGGCCAAUGAUGACAUCGUGGUUCCUUUCUUUGGUACCUCCGGCAUCCAAACGGUUCAAACGGGCCCGAACGUGAUCGUGGAAACGAUUCCCUAUUUCUUACCGGAGAUGGAAAACUUUGACGAGCAGGACUUUGGCAAUUUGAUCAACAUUAACGAGCAGGAGAUCAGUGAUGAAUUUCUGAACGAACAUGGAUUUUUGUAAUAAACCCCGCGAAAUGGUCGCAUAAUUUUGUACUUGUUCUUGAAAUCCAAUAAUGAUACAAAUUCUGUUGGUGCCUUCUCAACCAGUGUUUAAUCCGUCCAAGCCAUUACUUUAGCGUCUAUGCAAGGUAGAAUGUAAACGUCUAGUCGAUUGAUAGCAGUUAUACUAUUUAAGGAUAGAGGUGUGUCCAGGACCCAGAAACAGGGGCUUCAAGGUAUAGGAAUACAAUGUCACUCCAAAGAUACCUCGGAGAAAUUAGAAUCAGUAAGCUUAGGUGCCGAUCAAACCGAGAAAGGGAGUGAGUGAGUAGAAGUCUGAAACUAGGAGGAGUACAGCUUAUCCAAAAUAUUGUUGAAGAUACUUUGUAUGAUGUAGUAUUCUCUAAUGCAUAGUGUGAUACAAACGAGCACAAAUAAAUUAUUAUUGCACCAUUUCAAAAGAUUA